GCCAUGUCCAUGUAUGACUACAGCCUGAUCUGUAAUUUCCCCAAAUGUCGAGGAAAGUUGAGUGGCUUUGCCUGGGUGACGGCCUGCUCUCACAUCUUCUGUGAUCGGCACGGCUCUGGUGAGUUCAGCCGCACUCCGACUAUCUGCCCUGCCUGUUCUUCUGCCCUGUCUGGAAAACUGGACAUUGUGCGUACUGAGCUGGCUCCAUCAGAGCAGUACAAGGCCAUGGUUUUGGUCGGACUGCGACCCGAGACCGUUCUGGAUAUCAGCCAUCGAGCACUGGCCUUUUGGACAUACCAGGUAAACCAAGAAAGGUUGCUUAUGGAGUAUAGUUUGUCCAGAGCAGAAGUGCAGGUUGGCCAAAUUGAGAAGGUGAUGGUACAGCAGAACCAAUCCAAAGAGCUUGAGCUGAAUGCACUGCGGGAGGAGAUUGCAUCACUCAAUAAGAGGCUGGAAGAAUAUAAGCGAAAAUAUAGUGAAGUUUCAGAACUUCUGGUGAAGAGAAACAGACAGUAUCAGAAACUUCAGGGGCUGUUUGAGACUAUGAGGCUACGCACCAUGGAGGCUGCUGAGAAAGAAGGACUGAACCUAGCUGCCAAUAUUUUCCCCACUGGAAUAAUUAGACAGCACUCUCCCCGCACCACUUCUCCUUUCUUAGCUGUGGGUCCAGAAGGUGACAAGCUCUUUCCUUCUUUCCUAGAACCAGAGAGCUUCAAGAGCUUUUUCCAGUUUAGCUCUCCACCAAGAGAGAAAGGGCAUUCCUUUAUAAAGAAAAACUAACUAACUGCAAAAAAUCUGACAGUUUGGUAUGCAUCAGUAUCUUUUUCAUUA